AUGAAAGACUCUCCAUCUGACAGCUGGCUCCAUCAGCCUCUCCUCCACUGCUCUCUCCUGUCCCAGGGAGACACAGGACAUUAUGGGAGAGGGAGCGACACAACAGAGGAGACAAAGCGUCCUGGACCGGGAGGCAGGAGAAGUGGGACAGAGCAGGGAGAGCUGGAGGAGAAUUGUGGGUGUCAGGAACAUGAAGGCAAAGACAGGACGUCCACAGAAAAGCCCAAUGCUCUUCAACAUGGAGCAGAUAGUUUCGGGAAUAAAAGAUGA